AUGCUGGACCGAUUGACUUCUGUCGUGCGUAGCCGAACGCACUCGCAGCUUGAGACGUUGCGGCAGAAGCACGUCGGCGACCGUCGGAAUACACGUCAGCUGCCUCUGGACAUGAGCAAGACGCCGAUUGGCUGGUCUAUGGAUCGUAGUGAAUUGAUUCCGCCCUUUGCCUACGGACCGGCCGAGACGCUGGCGUACCUGUCUUAUGAGCUAGAGGCCACGUACGCCUGCAGUCACGCCGUGUUUACAGAGCUGCAAAAGCGGCUGCCAAAUUUUGAGCCAAAGUCAGUGCUGGACUUUGGUGCUGGUCCCGGCACGGCAUCGUGGGUGGCCAAGGCAUUUUACGAAAAGUCACUGGACAAGUACCGCGUCGUAGAGCCCAGUCAGUCCAUGGUGGACGCGGCAGAAGUGUUGUUGGAAGACUUUUCUGGCCUUAGUAUACGUCGCAGCAUCGCUGACAUGUCGAGAGACAUUGAUGCUGGAAACAAGUACGACCUCAUUGUCGCGAGCUACGUAUUUUCCGAAAUUACUAAUGAUUUUGAGCGUGUGGCGACGACCUCGGCGUUGUGGGAACUACUGAGUGAGAAUGGAUGCCUGGUUGUCGUAGAUCGCGGCAGCCCGUGGGGCUCACACCACGUGCGAUCAGCUCGUCAGUUUGUGCUUGACUCGGUGGCGGAGAACGAGAGCGGAGAAGAAGGUGUCCACAUUGUUGCACCGUGUCCGCAUCACUUUGAGUGCCCAGCGGCAGGAAGCACGUGGUGCCACUUUGUGCAGCGCUCGCCUAUAGUAAACCGACCUCGGGAGGUCACGACAAAGCGUUGGCACGGUCAGAAGGGCUCCAAGUUCUCUUAUAUGAUCAUGCAAAAGACCCGUAAGGGAAGCGAUGAAGGUGCAGCUGCCAGGAUGAAAAAGCCAAUUGCGCGCAUGCUUCGCGCUCCUCUGCUUGCUACGCGCCAUGUGCAUCUUGACUUGUGCACUCCGGAUGGAAAGCUGGAGCGUCGUAGUGUUACAAAAGGUAAGGCUACUCGUGAGGUAUAUCGAGCAUCGCGUAAGGCGCACUGGGGGGCACUGUGGCCAGCUGACUGGACUAGUUAUCUGAAGGAUAAGUAG